AUGAUGCGUCGUAACUCUGAUAUUGAGAUUCAGCUUCCUGAUGCAGGCCCGACCCCCCUAUCCCCCGACUCUGCGCCGGAAGCCGACGUGGAAAUGCUCUCCGACGACCCGAUUCCUCCGCUAACCCUCCCGGCACAUAUCGCCGCGCGAUUCUACCGUCGAAGCAGUAAGGUGCGGCGCUCAUCUACCGCUUCAUCGCGACGAAGCUCUAUAUCAUCUUUGCAUUCUCAUCACUCUGGUAUAUCCUCCACUGGCGCCCCAAGCGCGGACAACAUCGCUCAACACCUCCGGCGCACAUCUAUUCUCGAGACCCGCAAAGCUCGUCUCGCUGAUCGAGCCCUGCACGCCGACAAGGUUAGACUGCGGGCUGCCUUGGCGAAAGCCGCGACAAGAAACCUGCAGAUUGAAGAGCGAGCUCUAGCUGCCCAACAGGCCCGAGAGCGUCUGCUGGCGGAUAUCACGGCUAAGUGCGAGGAUCAGGUCAAACGGGCCAAGAAAAGGGCCGAGGACCAACGGGAGAAGAAAGCUGCCGAAUACGCACGUCACAGGUUGGAGAUGGCAGAGAAGUUUGCAGAAGCUGAAAAGCGGCGAGCACUCUACCAGCAAACGCAUCGGCGCCAACGCACCAGCAGCCUGCCAGCUGCCGAGGAAAAGAAAAUGGCCCGAGCAGUCACUCAGUCGCUCACUCGGGAUGCCGCUGCUCGAAAAAUUCAACGAGUGUGGAGAACUCACCAUGCAAAGCAGGUCAUGCAGGAAUUCCGGACUCUGAACCUGUCAGUGGAUCGAAUUCGUGAAAUGGACUUCGAUGACGUGGGUCGUUUCGUCUCAAACCGCGAGGUGCUUGAGACUAUGACCAAAGUGCUCAAACUUUGCGGUCUGAAUGAUAUGGAAGGUGGAGCCAUGGGGGAACGAGGCGCGGUGCGCACAUUCCUCAGCAGCUAUCUGAUCGUCACACACCCUGCUGAGGUCCUGAGCGGGGAUGGCGAGCAGGAGCAAGAUCUCAUUGCGAAGGCGCGUGAGCUGCUCGUGGCUUUUGAUCAGGUAGCUGGGUUGCUGUCCUCUGGCUGCUGCUCACCUACCGUGAUUACUGCGGACCUCCAAAUCUUGUGCGAAUCCCACAACGUAUUCUUCUCGGCAUUCCACGCAUGGAAGUCGCAUGACUCUACUGUACUCAUUGAGAUUAUGCUUGCCCAAUUUGUCGAACUGGAAAUGAUUUGGCAAACGGUCAAAGGCGAUACAGCUGGUGGUGUCGCUGAAGACUACCGAGAAGGCAUUCGCCAAAAUCAGAUCAUGCUUCUGGCCCGUCUCAAGCGUCUUGCAGGCUCAGACCGCGCCAUGCAAAUGGUCCGGGAUUCGCUGAAAAAGGCCAAACGGGAACGGAAACGUUCUGCCUCAAAGCAUGCCAUUCCUCGAUCGGCUGAAGUAGCACCAUCAUCCGGAGAUGUCUUGACUGACAGUGUGACAUCCCCUAUCAGCGAGUCUUUCAACCACGUUGAAGCCGCAGUUCUCCAAGAGCUGGAGAAGCAGCGGUCCUCUCCACAUGAACAAUUCACCAAGAUUCUCACAGCGCUCCCUGAGAACCGAGUCUUGGUUCAUGAACUUCUCCUUAACAAGGAAUUCAAGAUUGAAGAGUCUUCAUAUGCUGACCCUCGAAGACGAAUCAUGGAGCACAUGUGUGAGCAGAUGAGACGAGAUGUUCAGGCUGGACAAGGAACCGCUUGGACAGUCUCCAUGGCUACUGUGAUUCAAGACCGUCUUUUACGUUCACUUCGACCUGGAAAUUCACUAUAUGUGCUAAUUAGCGAAGUUCUGGAUCCAAAGCUCGUUGAGAGCCAGUGCAAAGCUGGAUCUUUCUCCUAUGAGAACUUUUUUGACUUUAUGAACAACAUUCUGCCUCGUCUUUGCGCACCAUAUCGCGACCCUGUGGUGAAGGCUUUUGCCGAGGACACAUCUGGAGAUGCCAUUGACCGAUUAGCAAGACUUAUGAGCAUCAUUGAUCUGCUCUCCCUAGACCACACCAAUUUCAUGAUUCAGGUAGCUGCCCCCCAGUUGAUCCAAGAUGCCCCGGGCUAUGAGCAACGUACAUUUGAAAGGGGCGUCACCGAGGGCUCGAUUACAUUGGGAAAAGUCCGACGAUUCUGGCGAACACAUCGAAAGAUCAUCGUUGAUGAAAUGAAGAAGCGAGACCCGGAGAACAUCCAUGGCGAGCCUCGUCCACCAGCCAGCCGAGUCUACGCCCACGGCCUCGCAGAUCUGGUCUUCAGCAACGCUACUGUGUCGGAAGACUUGAUUCCCGAGACCCUGGCGCUGGAUCAUCAACGACUGGAGCGUCUACAUGCCAAGGUCUUCCAAAUCGUCGCUACAGCAUCCAUCUUGUUAACUGCCAAGAAUCUCCUGAAGCGUGAUGCACGGUCUCAAUGGAAGCCAGAGGCUGAUCGUAUUCUCUCUUUGGACUUCAAUGAGAUCCGCGCAGACCGCGUACAGUCUAUCCUUGAAGCCACUCACCCCAUGCCCCCCGCUGCUAGUGCUCAGCUUGCUGCAACUAUUAGACGAGUGCUGGCGCCCGUCGCGACCGCAAGUACCGCAGCUGCACCGCGGGCUGGUGUCCAUGUUCAACACGAGUCCUCCUCUGCUCCUCCUACGGAGUCCUCUGGCAGUGUAACUCCUGCGCCCAGCUUCUCGGACCCCGUGGCUCGGUUGAUCCUGUCCCGACUUCGGAGCCAUGUUCUCUCGAGACUGAGCGCUUCUAGUGCUUCGGAACGAGUCCGGGCCACGACUACGGCUAGUCAGAGUCUGGCUGGAGCAGGCAUGCCGGAGUUUGUGGGUGAAGUUGGUCAGCUGGUGGAGGAGCUUGAGAAAGUGCGAGAGGUGGAUUGGCUCUGUCAUGGAUCGGUUUAUGAUCGUCUAUAUGAAGAAGGGGACUCGCAGUAA